AUGUCCGCCGUCAGCGGCGGCGGAGCAGCCAAGAACACCGCCAAACGCGGCAAGCAGAAGAACAAGAACCACCACACUCCGCCGCUCGAUCAACGAAACCUCCUCAGCCUCGUCACCUCCGCCACCUCACUCGCCCACUCCUUCCUCUCCCAAAACGACCUCCACCUCCUCCCCUCCCAAACCCUAACCCUAGAGACCCUCCUCUCCUCCGCCUCCUCCGCCCUCUCCCCCCUCCUCCUCCUCUCAUCUCCUCCGCCGCCGCCGCCGCAACCGCCGCGGUCUCCUCCUCAAGAAUGCUGGUUCCGCCGCUUCCUCUCCUCAGCCGCCGGCGACUCGCCGUGGCGCCACGCUUUCCGCAUGUCCGAACACUCGUUCUCUAUCCUUCUCUCCAUCCUCUCCCCAUUUCUGACCUCCGCAAUCCCUUCGAUUCCGCCCAACUACGCCCUCGCCGCCGCGAUUUACCGCCUCGCCCACGGCGCCACCUACAAGGCGGUCGGCCGGCGCUUCGGGAUGGACUCGGCGGAGGCCUGCCGGGCUUUCUACGCCGUCUGCAAGUCGGUCAAUGAUAAAUUAGGGAGCUUGUUUGAGCUCCGGUCCGAUAUGGCUUGGAGUGUUGGGGGUUUCGGGUGGAUUUCGCUGCCGAAUUGCUGUGGGGUGUUAGGGUUUGGGAGAUUUGGGGUUAGUGGUGAAAUGCUGGGGCCAAAUGGGUCGCUGUUGGUUCAGGCAUUGGUGGAUUCUGAAGGGAGGUUUCUGGAUGUUUCGGCAGGCUGGCCGAGCACAGUGAAACCGGAAGCGAUAUUCCGGCAGAUACAUACUGGGGGACUCUUGCUUUCCUCUGUUGCCUUGGCUUUUGACUCCGUAUGUGAGAUCAAAUGA